AUGCUCACCGACCCCGGCUCCGUGCCCGUGGACGCGGGGCCCGGCCUGGGCUCCGAGCCCGGCACGCCCCACAGGCCCCGCUGCCCGCUCUGCGGCGCCGUCCAGCUGGCCCACGCGUGGCACUGCCUCGUGUGCGGACGCUGCAUCCGCAGGAUGCAUCACCACUGUCCCUGGGUCAACAACUGCGUGGGCGAGGACAACCAGAAGUACUUCGUGCUGUUCUCGCUGUACACGGCGCUGGCCGCGCUGCACGCGCUGCUGCUGCUCGGCGUGCCCGCCCUGCGCAGCUACGCGCGGGGGGAGUGGGACAGGCACAGCACCCUGACGUCCCACGGCGCGCUGGUCUUCCUCUCCCUGGUGGCCCUGAAGGGCUUCCUCUUGGGGUCCGUGACGUUCGCCAUCCAAAUGCACGCCAUCUGCACCGACCGAACCAGAACCGAGCAGCGGCAAAGCGAGAGGAGCGGGCCGGGCCCAGGGUCAGCAUGGAUGAACUUGAAGGCCGUCUUCGGCCGCCGCGUCUCCCUGGCCUGGAUCAGCCCCUUUGCCUCCCCAGAACCCCAGAGGGCAAGUGGGCACCGCGAUGGGGCCUAA